AUUGCAUUCAUUUAUUGUGACUGCUACUAGUCUGGAUCAGACAUUUUAAAAACAUUUUGUUUUUAUUAAUACAAGAGGCGUAGGCGUACCUAGGUGAGGGGGCCAAUUCCUUAGUGAACUAUUCUUUCCUAUCUGUGAACGGCCGUUUUCUGUAACAGAUAAAUACUGUUUAUUUAGAUGAUGCCUGUUGUGGACAUAAUGAAAAGAAGGGCCAAAAUAGGCAGAAGAAAAUCCUGCCUGGUUGACCAAAUUCAAUCUCUGUAUUUUGACGUAAACAACAAUGCCAAGAAGAGAAAUCUGCCACUACUGCGUGCGUGUUUUCCUUGUAAGCAAGCGAGUCCAUCGUCAUCCUUCGACGACUUCGAGGAAAGUCCGAGGAAGGACCCCUGCGAGCAAGAAACGAGUAGCCCGAACCGCUUCAAAAUAGGAAACACGAAGAAACGGGACACUGCAUACCACGUAACAGCCGGGGUGUAUAUCGACAUUGUGGAGGGGCGGUUUGUCGUGACCAACAUGAGCGAUAUGCUGUUCCAAGUGGACGGAGAAGGUGACCGCUUCAUAGGAAAGAAAAUGGACUUCACACCUCCGUUCUACGACAGUUCAAAUAUAUACUACAAUGACAUUGCGAGGAGCCGACAGCAGGUUUUGGACGCGAUGGGGCGAAUUGGCUACAUGAUCGAGACGGGCCAGUUGGAAGGAGUCCCGGCUGACAAGGCCGGUAAUUCGGGACGAACCUGCUCCUCGGGACUGACCAGAGUGUGGAUGAAAGUGAAGACGAGCACCAGCAGCUGCUGUACUGACUUAUACAGUUACUUUAGUGACAAGCCCGACACUGAUAAUACUGAUAAAUAAUAAUAAUAUUAUUAUUAUUAUUAUUAUUAUUAUUAUUAUACACUUGAAUCACGUUGGCUUGAACCUCGCCGGUGCUCGAGAAAGUGUUCGACCCAUCAGGUAGUUCGACCCAACCAUUCGGUCAACAUCGGAUAUUUCCGUAACACCAGUUGAAUUCCUAAUUAGAUACUGGCUGUGUAUUACAUGUAAGUGCAAUAAAAUAAAAUAAAUAAAUAAAUAAAUGACAAAUUCUUAAUAGUUGCUGAAAUGGUUACAGUUGAUUAAGUUACCCGGAUGUAUUCAAAGUAAAGCUUUAGUCGAGACCCGUGUGUGCACUAAUUGUUUGAUUGGUAUCAUGAUCCAUCUAACAGUUACCGGAACACUAGACUGCUCAGACAGCUGAGAUGUGUCCUCAGGACAGCGUGCUUGAACCUUAAUUGAAUAUAAGCACGAAAAUAAAUUGAAAUAAAAUGUACUAUAAAGACCAUUACUGAUAGCCGCUCAACAAACAGAACAGAACAGAACAAUAUGACAAGUGUUGUAAAGAAAGUAGUGCCUGGCUAUUGACGCAAUUCCCCCAUUCAUCUAUCGUUCGUUCCGCCUAAAUAAUUAAUCAUAAGGUUGUAAUAACUAACUGCGUAAGUGCGACAAUUGUUAAUCCUGUUCGGUGGUUUUCCAGUUGAUAUUUUAUGGAUCACCAGUUCGAGGGAAAUAUAGCUAAUAACACUGACGGGACUGAUCAUUUAGUUCGAGUGAAAGCUUAUAGUCGACCCAGGACGUGUUUGAUCUGUCAACACAAUAUAAGGGUUUACCACAUAAAAAACAACAAUAAUAAUAAUAAUAAAUAAUAAUUACUGCAAA